UGAGAAAAUUCCAAAAUCCCAAAACUAACAUCGUUGCUAACUCCAAGUCAAAAAAAAGAAAGAUGCCUUUCUUUUGUUGUUUGAGGAGAGGCCAGCAAGGGAGACAGGGAAAGAAUAUGAGCCCUUGAGCCAUUUUUAUGCACUGAGUAAGAAAAAAAAGGACACAUUCAUUAAAAAUAAUCUCUUUGGAGAUCACUGUUAAAAGAAAAAAAAAAAAUCCACACUGCAUAACAGAGCCAUCAUGCCAACUUGUCCAAAAUGGCUAUAAAACAUCAGGAAAACAACCCCUGCAGUUCAGGCAAGAAAACAGAUCCCUGUGCCAUGGGAUGCAGGCGUGUGCACUCCUGCAGGCAACAGCUCCUCUGCCGUGGCAUGGACACAGAACGACUCUGUGUGUGUGCCCCUGACCAAGUUCCCCACUUCCACACCUGUAACACCCCACUUCAGCCAGAAAGUGUCCAUUACAGACCUCAUAGGAAACAGGAGAGAUAAACAAAAAGCAGUGGGAAUAAAACUGUUUAAGUAUGUUAAUUCUUUCAUUUGAUUUCGCAUAAUGCCUUGCCUAGCUUUCCAACUGUUGUUUUUGUAAUAUCUCAAGCAAUCGCUGAUCAAAUAAUCCAACAAAACAGAGGGGAAAAAAAAACUGCAUUACUUUUUUGCCUCAUGCUUUUAAAGCUUGAUACAUUUAAGGAUGCUUCAGAGCAUCCUAUGUCUGUGUGGGCUUUUCACAGAGAAAUCAAGGACAAAAUACUUUCAAGGAAAAUAAAAAUGUAACUGGAACCCUAAAAACAGAGAGAGCUGUCUCCCCCGCUUCCUCCAACUGUGUUUUGACAGAACAGCAACCAGCCACUAACAAGGAGGCUUCAGGAGACAAACUUGACUUGGCACAACCCUACCUUCUCUGCCCAGACCAAGGAGAAGGUAUUACUUUAUAUUAAGGGCUACCAGGUAAGACCUGAUGUUCCUCUCCCAAAAGUGAGGUUCAUGGUUAUUUCCUGACCAGCUUCAGAGUCCAUGUUAGGUUUGACAUCUGAAGAAUAAAAGCAUCUUCCCUUUCACCUUGGUGUGCUUUGAAUCACUCCACAACCAGCUCCCAUUUGACACUGACUUCAUUCUUUCCUUGCUGCACAACAAUUUUCUGAUUUUUCAUGUAGUUUACUAUUAAACCACUAAUCAUGCAAUCAUUCCACCUUAAUAUUUUACACCCAAAUACCAACCCACAACUGACUGUCACAUCAGAUUCUUCCCAUCUGUCUCCUCAUGCUUUGUCUACCUUCCCUGAGUAACAUCCACCUUCCACAUCCCAAAUGCUCCAUCUUCAGAGGCCUUUUUAGACCCAUCACCCACACAGAGAACUUGGGGACAUGAAGCUGGACAAGAGAAAUACAGGGUUGUCUCUCAUCCUGGAAGUGGGGCCUUGCUGCCCUGCAUGCAUCAACCUGUCCCACAAUUUGCCCAAGCAUUUGGGGUCUCCACUGUUCAUUUUUUUUCUCACCAUCCAACCCUUAACCUCAUGAAACUCCAGAUUUAGCCUCUCACCCCCCUUUGCAGCCAGCCAGAACACAGACUCCCUCUCAUGCAUGCACACACAGAGCCUCUCCUCCACCUAGUAGGAAUCCUUCCAAACAAACACAUUUCCCCUGCCUUGACAGAUACUGCUCUUCCCCACAAUCCCCAUACACAAGAUCCCCUCCCACACUUAGUACCCCACCUACAGUGUGAUACUAACAGCUUCCCUGGAUUCCUUCUCCCCUGAUCUAUCUACACUGCUUCCCAGCUCUGGAGCCCUACAAUUUCCCUCAUGACCAUGUGCACCACCUCCCUCAUGCUGAAAGCACUUCCUACCCAAUAUUCUGGCUCCCAGUGCUUCCCCAAUCCUACUCCCAUAUCUCUUUCUAACAAUGACUCAAGUCCCAACUCCUCACACGCUCCCCUUCAUGUACGACUCUCCCCAGCAAACCUCAUACUCAUUCCUUCAUCCACCUCUCCACAUUUUUCCUGCAGAUGUCCAUAGUUCAGUACUCCCUGCACCACAGCCUCCCAUCCCUUCCUCAGAGCACAUCCCAGGUGAUCUAAUAUCCCACACAGCAUCUGCCACCCUCUCACCGCAUGUUUCACCUUGUAUCCCAAUCCCUACAUCCCUACUGUGGAUCUCUGUGCCCCAGCCCCUCACUUCGGCUCAACCACAGAGUUCACAGCUCCCACCCCACUAGGACAGUCUUCACUCCCAAUUCAACAGCCCCUCCCAUCCUAUGUCCUCACUGAGAUUGGAAUCUCUAGUCCACCCAACACUGUCCUCUUCUACAGCAUGGCCCGAAGGCACUUCCACACGGCUCAGGGCAGCAGAGAUCACCCCAGGGCCGCACCCCACAGCUCUCCACACAGCACAGCCCCGCUGCCCCCAGCACAACCCAGAGCACCUCACACAGAGCCCCAGCGCAUCCCCCGCACCAGCGAGCAUCCCACACCUCCCUCCACCGAGCACAGCUCCUAGAGCACCCCAUGCACCACACUGCGAGCCGGGACAGCCCACACAUCCCUCCUCCCAGCACACCCCCUAUGGCAUCCCAUACAUUCCUCCAUACACCACAGCCCCGGGGCAUCCCCUGCACCACAACUCCAGGAGCAGCAUUCCAUGUGCCGCUCCAUACAACCUCCCAGCGCACCCCAAAGCACCCCACACAUGCCAGGGAAUACAGCUCCCGAAGUACUCCCUAUGCCUCACACAUCCCCCCAAGGAGCACAGCUCCUGGAGCAUCCCCUGCUCCCAACACGUCCCUCCAUGGAGCACAUCCUCCAGGUAUCCCCUGCUCCCAACACAUCCCUCCAUGGAGCAUCCCCUGCUCCCAACACAUCCCUCCAUGGAGCACAUCCUCCUGGAGCAUUCCCUGCUCCCAACACAUCCCUCCAUGGAGCACAUCCUCCAGGUACUCCCUGCUCCCCACACAACCCAUGGAUCACAGCUUCCAGAACAUCCCCCAUGCCCCACACCUCUUUCCAUGGAGCACAGCUCCCGGAGCAUCCCCUACUCCCAACACAUCCCUCCACGGAGCACAUCCUCCAGGCAUCCCCUGCUCCCCACACACCCCACGGAGCACCCGCUGCUCCCCACACAUCCCUCCAUGGAUCACAGCCCCUCGGGCACCCCCUGCAACCCCUGCGCUGCCCUCGCCGCCUCCUUCGGGGCACCCCCGGGAGCCCCCCAACUCCCGGACUCGGGGCGGGCGCUGCGGGUGGCGGUGCCCGGUGCCCGCCCCGCACUCACCGCGCUCAGCCCGGGGCCGGCGGGGGCGCCCGAUGGCACCAGCCGCCGGACCAGCGUGGAGCGGCCCGGGCCGCUGGCACAUUCCCUUGCACACGUUCCUGAGAGCGGGGGAAUUUGCGGAGGAGAAACGCGUCCCUCCUCCCCGGGGGCUGAGCACCCCGACUGCCCACCCGCCGAGUGA